AUGAGCCCCCUCCCGGGCACCAUUAGUAGGCGAUUGGACGACAUGCUCUCCACGCCUUUUAGCUAUCGUAUUAUCAAUUACGAGCCCCCAAGAGGUUUUCUCAUGCCAAAAUUUUCCGCGUAUGACGGAUCUAACGAUCUGUUUGAUCACAUCAUGCACUACCGACAACUCAUGACUCUCGACAUAGGGAAUUACGCGUUGUUCUGCAAGGAAAAUGAAUCCCUAAGGGAGUUUGUGAAACAAUUUGGACAAGCUGUACUGCAAGUAGAAUCCUACAACAUGGAUGUUCUCCUCCAAAUUUUUAAGCGGAGCAUAUGUCCAAGCACACCAUUCUUCGAAUCACUAGCUAAAAAACCUCUCACAACUAUGGACGACCUGUUUCGGCGCGCGAACAAAUACUCAAUGCUGGAAGAUGACAUACACGCAGCCACCCAACAAAUCCUGGUUACCAGACAGCCAUUCAGGAGCGACGUGGCAAGAAGCUCCAAACCUCUGAGCCAGCAAAGGCCACUCAACCGUAGGCAAGGUGAGCAACGUCAACUAGAUUCGCCACCGCUUACACCCCUUAUCGUGUCAUACGAAAAGUUUCUCCCAAUGAUUCGCGAGCUGUUUGACUUCAGGUGGCUCAAACCGCUCAAAGCGGACCCAGCCAAGAGAGAUCAUAACAGAAAAUGUGCUUAUCAUAAAGAGCAUGAACAUUCUACGGAGCAGUGUAGGAGUCUCCAUUACUUGGUGGAAAAGCUCAUAAGAGCAAAACACCUAAAACAAUACAUUCGCUCAGGAGCUAGGAGAGGAGAGACAUCCCGAAGUCAAGCCUCUGGAGCCCCCUCAUCCCCGAUCGUCCCUAGGGUCGUGAUUAACUAUAUUCAUGGCGGGCUCUUGGACGAGGAGUACGACUCCAAGUGA